CGUAAAUGGCCCACAUGAAACAGAAAGUUAAAAGAUUCGACCCAUAAAAGCACAUGUGGUCCAUCUUUUUGGUUUAUAAAUGGAAAAUUUCAUCUUCAGAGAGACGAAGACAUAAUUUCAAUUCUUGGGCUAAGGAGGUGACGUCAUCUCCACCCUCUCGUAAAUUUUCCACACUUUUGUUUUUCCAAUUUUGCCCUCGGACGCUGCUUCGCCUUUUUUUUUUUCCAAUUUCAUCAUCAAGGGUUCUGAGAUUUUUUUCUUCCUCUCAGCUUCUUCGUAGGUUUUGAUCCGAGGUAGAAAAUGGAGCUCGAUUUUGACGUUAGUAACUUGGUUGAAGAUGAAGCUGCUGAAGUUGAACAUAAUGACAUGGCUGGAAUUGAAGGGGAAAGAUGUGGGAUUUGCAUGGAUAUAAUUAUUGAUAGAGGCGUUCUUGAUUGCUGUCAGCACUGGUUCUGCUUUGAAUGCAUUGAUAAUUGGUCUACGAUUAUGAACCUCUGCCCUCUCUGUCAGAGAGAGUUUCAGUUGAUUACAUGUGUCCCUGUGUAUGAUUCAGGUGAAAGCAGCAAGGUUGAUGAGGUUUCGUUAUCAGGAGAUGAAGAUUGCUGCAUUGAAGAGGAGACUGAUGCCGUCUCUUCUCCGUCACACUAUAUUGACGAAACACACUAUAUUGAUGAAAAUGCAGUUAUCUGUUUAGAUGGCGAUCUUUGCAAGCUCCGUAACACUUUCAGUUACAUUGGAGGGGAUUCCAACCUUGAUACAUCAAUUGCUUGUGAUUCGUGUGAUACGUGGUAUCAUGCUAUUUGCGUGGGUUUUGACGUAGAAAAUGCAUCAGAGGAUACAUGGGUAUGUCCGAGAUGUCUCUCUAGUGAAAAAUCACAUGAACCUGAUACAUCACCAAUGGAAACACAACCUGAUACCUCACCAGUGGAGACAAGAAAGUCCCUGGAUAUUUCUGAGAAGACAAAUAGCGGAUGCUCAGCAGAGGCUGUUUACUCUGGAAACUUUUCAGUUACAGUAGCUGAUGAAGGCGAGACAGCUCUUGUUGUAUCAAUAGUCAAAGGAGACGAGUCUCAUAUGGAACCAAGUGAUACCAACCCAUUGCCAGUUGAAGCUAAAAUGGAUGGAGACCCAGAUAGUUCGCAUCUGAAAGUUCUAUGUAGGGAGGAAAAUACAGAACAGGUCCCAGUAAAAUCGGAGCUCAAGCAGUCCUUACCACAUGAUAUAUCAUCAAGACUAUCUUCUGAUUCAUAUCAACCAUUUUUUGCUGCAGACAUGGAGAAUAGAGCAGACCCUGUUGUAGAGAAGGACUGUCUGUCAGUAGAUGAUAAAAAUGAUCUUUCCACUACAGCCAUUUCCAAUUCAGAUGUUCCUAGUGUUGUCAGCUUAAAGAGAAAGCAUUCAGAUUGCAGUGGGGAUGAUGGCAAUUCAGAAACUAAACCUGAGAUUUACAAAGCUCUCAAUAAACCAAAACUGGAGGAAGAGGAAGAAUUAGCUACCUUUCACCACGAGAGCAGAUCCCCUUCAAACAAUACAACUGUUGAUAUAUUCAGCAUUGUUAAAGGAACUGGGCGUAGAAAAAAUCUCAUGCGUUCAAAUCCUACUGAUAAGUCUUCAGAAGGAGAGAAUGCUGCUGGUUUGAGGGUAAAGAAGAUCAAGAGGACACCGGAGGACGAGCAAGAGUCAAUGGUUCUGGUUGAGAAACUAAGGAAAGAAAUAAGAGAAGCCGUUCGUAACAAAUCGAUGGAGGAUAUCACAGAAAACCAAUUCGAUCCAAAACUUUUGGCCGCCUUUAGAGCUGCUGUGGCAGGACCUAAAACUGAUGAAGCACCUAGAAAAAUUUCGGCUCUUGCAGUGAAGGCAAAGAAGUUGAUGCUGCAGAAAGGAAAAGUCAGAGAGAAUCUGACGAAGAAAAUUUAUGCAGAUUUAAAUGGGAAGCGGAAAAGUGCAUGGCACCGGGACUGUGAAGUUGAGUUUUGGAAGCAUCGGUGCAUACAAAGUAGAAAGCCUGAAAAAAUUGAAACUCUGAAGUCUGUUCUUAGCCUCUUGAAGAAGAAACCAGGUGACGCCAAAACAAACUUUUCAUCUGAAACCCCACAGGCCUCAAAUCCUAUCCUCUCCAGAUUGUAUUUGGCAGAUACCUCCGUGUUCCCAAGAAAUGAUAAUCUCAAGCCUCUGUUGGCACCAAAAGAAAUGGGAAACUCACAAAACAAUGCAAAACCCACAGAAGCCAACAAAACUUUACCAAAGAUUAGUGAUGCCAAGGGGAGCAGGUUAAAAGCUGUUGGAUCAAAACUGAACUCAGGAAACAAACAGUCGGAUGGGCAACCUAAUCUUACAUCGAGUAACUCUAAGGAAAUGUUUGACAUUCCUGACGAUCUCAAGAAAGACAAAAGGAAAUGGGCAUUGCAGGUUCUUGCAAGAAAGAAAGCUUUAGCUGGCAACAACUCAACCCAAGACAGAGAAGGCUCUCCCGAGCUCAAAGGGAAUUAUCCAUUGUUGGCUCAACUUCCAGCUGAUAUGAGACCAAGCCUUGCAACCAGUCGCCAUAAUAAAGUUCCUGUUGCAGUUAGGCAGACACAAUUAUAUCGCCUGACAGAACAUUUCUUAAAGAAAGAAAACCUUCUGUCUGUUCGAAGAAGUGCAGCAACAGAACUAGCCGUUGCUGAUGCUAUAAAUAUCGAGAAAGCGAUCGCUGACAAAUCAAGUAGCAAAGUUGUGUAUCUGAAUCUAUGCUCACAAGAAAUACUGCAUCAUUCAGAGAGCAAAGCGAUGGAUAAUGCUGUAGAACCGAAUUCGUCAUCACCAAUGGCUGUUAACGAGACAGAACGUAUUAGUGGUAAAGAUUCAGAUGAUCCCACCAUCCUUGAAGCGCUCAGAGCAGCAGGUCUUGCUGAUUCACCACCAAACAGCCCAACCCGUUCAACAGAAGUUCCUCCAGAGAAAGGAGACAGUUUCUUGGACAAAGCAAGAGCAGGCCCAGAUAAUGUACUUGACUUAGAUUCCGUUCCUAAUACAGACAUCUUUGGGGAUUUUGAGUAUGAAUUGGAUGAAGAAGACUAUAUCGGUGCUACCAUGGCUACAAAAGCUUCAGUAACGCAGCAGGAUGAAAGCUUGACGAAGGUGAAGGUAGUUUUAUCCACUGUUCAACCUGGAAAGUCUUUGAAUCAAUCUGAAGUCGUGGGUGAUGAAGAGACAACAACUGAAAACCAGAAGGAGAUCACAAAUGGCAAAGAAGAUGGGAAGAGCUUUGUUCCUAUGGAGCCUGUACCUGAGGCUGAGGGAGAAGGAGAAGGAGAAGGAGAAGGAGAAGGAGAAGGAGGAGGUGAGAUCCUUUCUGUAGCUGAAUGUGAAGAACUAUACGGACCUGGUACAGAGAAACUAGUUGAGAAACCUCUCAUCGAAGGAUUUGCUGAGAAUGGUGUUAAAGCUAAAGCACCUGAUUCAGAGUGCGAGAGCAACACGCACAGAGAGUUCAUCGCUUCAAACUUUGAAAUCCCUUCCAUUCAAGAGAAAAAACUUCCCAGAAGCAUUCAAAAGUGCAAACCAAGCGAAAAGCCGUCUAAAGAGGAAAAAGGCAAAGCUGAUGGGUUUGGUAACUCCAUCACCAAGAAGGUGGAAGCAUACAUCAAAGAACAUAUCAGACCACUAUGCAAGAGCGGAGUGAUAGACGUGGAACAAUACAGAUGGGCAGUGACGAAAACCACAGAGAAAGUGAUGAAGUACCAUAGCAAAGCCAAGAGUGCUAACUUCUUGAUCAAAGAAGGAGACAAGAUCAAGAAACUUGCCGAGCAAUACGUCGAAACCGCUUCCUCUGGAGCUCACCACAAGGACAAGGACAAGGGCAAGUGACAAUCAGAUGCGUAAAUAAGUAGUUCAGUACAAAAACGUAAAUAGAUUUUAAUUAGCAUCUCUCUUUUGUCUUCUCCACGGGUUUUGGAACUUAAGUCUUCUCUUAGGGCAAGAAAAUCAGUUCUUGUUUUAUCCGACCCAGACCAGCAGACCCAAAUGUGUCUGAAACUGAGAUUUACUUGGUCGCUGACAUCGUUUUGGAAAAUUAUUUAGAGAUGAAAAAGUUAUAUUUAUUAAUUACAUACUUUUUCA